AGAUUCCUUGUGUCUGAAACACUUUGAAAAGUAUACUUAAAACACGCAGAGCGAACAGCUUGACUAUCGGAUGAGCCUAGGCAGUGAGCAUCAAUGGGUUCAAAGACGCCAGAAACGCAUCGCAGAGAUGCUUAUGGCGCUCCUGGAACAGGAGCUAUCGACAUCGUCGAUGGAUCAGGCGCAGUCAAUUCCACCGGAAUCAUUCAAGACGAUCUUGGAGGAGAAGAUGAUGACGAUGAUGACGACGAAGGAGCCGCCUUAAGGACCGAGGACGGACUUGCAAAUGACGAUCAGAAGAAAAAGAAGAAGCGCAAGCCUAAUAAGAAGAAAAAGAAGAAGACGAAGUCGAGUGCUUUGCCCUCCACCCAAACAUCUCCACCAAGCGUGGAACUUACGAAGCUAUUUCCGAAGGAGGAUUACCCGCCUGGUGAAUUGGUCGACUACGACGGCAAGAAUGACAAUACCCAGCGUACCAUCGCAGAAGAGGCGCGCUAUAUGCAGCGCCUUGCCGACAUGGACGACGACUUCCUGCGCGACUACCGCAAAGCCGCGGAAGUCCACCGCCAAGUCCGUGCCUGGACGCAGAAGCACGCUAAGCCGGGCGUGUCCCUCACAGAGGUUGCGCAUGAACUCGAGGACAGCGUGCGCGCCCUUCUUGGGAACCCCGCUGUCGAGCCGGGUUCGCCGCUCCGGUCCGGCAUGGGAUUCCCGGCUGGAUUCUGCGUGAACAACGUGGCGGCGCACUGGACGCCAAACGCCGGCGCGAAGGACAUUGUUCUCCAGCAAGAUGACGUCCUAAGCGUUGAUUUUGGCGUUCACGUCAAUGGCAGAAUCGUGGACAGCGCAUUUACCCUAUCUUGGAACCCCGUGUACGACAAUCUCCUGGCGUCUGUUAAAGAUGCUACGAACACGGGACUACGUGAAGCGGGUGUUGAUGCGCGCAUCAGCCAUAUCAGCUCAUGCAUCCAAGAAGCGAUGGAAAGCUACGAGGUGGAGCUCAAGCCCGGCAAGCCUAUUCCUGUGAAAGCCGUGCGUAACAUCACAGGUCACGACAUCUUGCGCUACAAGAUCCACGGCAGAAAGCAAAUUCCGUUCGUCAAGACAUCCAGCAAGCAGCGUAUGGAGGAGGGUGAGGUGUUUGCCAUCGAAACGUUUGGCUCAACAGGGCGGGCAUACCUCUUCGAUGAUGUCGGUGUGUAUGGGUACGGUCGAAACGAAUGCGCCACUGCUGCGCAGGUGCGCCACCCAGGAGCAAGGUCGCUGCUCAAGACCAUCGAUGAGAACUUUGGCACCAUUGUGUUCGCGAAGAGAUAUCUUGAGCGAGUGGGUGUGAAGAACUACCUUCUGCCGCUGAAGGAGCUGGUGAGACAGGGCAUUGUCGAGCAAUAUGGACCGCUGAGCGAUGUUCCCGGCAGCUUUGUCGCUCAGUUCGAACACACUAUACUGCUGCGUCCCGAAUGCAAGGAAAUUGUGUCUCGUGGCGAUGACUAUUAAGUCAUUCCCAGCUUUCAAGACCAAAAAAAAAAACCUCAUUGUAUUUAAUUCAUUCUUUCCUUGAUCUCCAUACUUGCUUUCGAGCUACGGUUAAGGUGAUCGAUUUGGCCCUCCGCUUUCAACAGCAGAAGGGUGUGCUAUAUCCAAGCCAUUCUAACACGGCCUGGAAUUGGAAUGUCGCAAGACAGUCAUUACCUCCAUAGUAUCGCAAAUUCAAUACAACGGUUUCACUUUUCGAGCCAAUCCAACACAAUCUUGAACACGUGAUCGCUGUUCUUAUCG